CGUCGGGGGAUACGUCACAGAAGGGUUGUGUCUUCGGUGUCUUCAUAUCCAGUAGACCAUUCGAUCCCAAGCACACGCAGGCGUGGAUUUAAAGACUUUUUUCUUUCUUUAUAAGAAAAAAAAGUAAAAGGCUAACGUUGUCCAGGACGCACCGUUUUCUUUCAGAAAGAUGGAUCGGCGGUUCUGUUCGUUGAUCGGUGUUGUGUUGUUUUUUAUGGUCUUGGCGUGUGGAUAUGGACUGGAACUGGAUCACCAUGAGGACCAUGUGGAAAUGAUGCUGGAUCCAUUUGAUCGUGUGAAGGAUUUACUGAAAAUUCACAGCAAAGGCCUCACUUUGGCCGCUGUUAACAGUCUGGUUCAAAAACUGUUCUCUCGCAUUCAUUGCACACCCCCAACAAGUGUGCCAGCUGCUGGUGGGGGCAACCCUUGCACGCAGUCCCUGUGUCUCUCCGGGAGUGAGAUAUUCGCUUACCUCGGCCUCCAGGAGACAGAGGAAAUUCUGGAGUCCCAUUUCGGCGACUUAUCCAAUCUUCUGUUGUACUAUACGACGAUCGCCAAAAACAGUUGCCAGCAGACUCCAACCAUCAACUCCUCCUCACCCAAGACGUUCUACACCGGUGAGCUGACGAAAUAUUUCACUAGGGGUCAGCUAACAUAUGCCUCACUCACGAUGAAGACGCUACAAGAAGCACUUGAUGACCUUAAUGACGUAUACGAAUCUGAUGACGAAAGAGAUGACGAUCAUGAUGACGAUCAUUCAGAUGAACAUCAUGAUAAUGAUGAUCACCAUGAUACCGAUGAUCAUCAUGAUACAGAUGAUCACCAUGACGACCACACAGAUAGACCAAGCGACACAAGUACAGAAGACCAUACUGACGACCAUGGUCACGAUCAUGAUGACGAUGAUCACAUGACGACAUCCUCCGUCACUGCCCAUCAUGAUGACGAUGACCAUUCAAACGAGGACGAUCACGACAGCCAUGAACAUGAUGAUGACGAUGAUGAUCACAGGACAGUCAACCUUCACCAGACAAAGUGUCUGAGCGCUGGGAGGCUAUAUGACGAGAUGUACAAGGACCCCCUAGAGGACAUGUUUGGUGAUGAGCAUGACUUGGAGGGACUGUCUCAACUCCUCCUCUUCCACAUGCUCUCCGGCGAUAAAGUAUCCCCUAACUGCCGAACUCUGCCCAGGAAAAAUUACAUGGAGAGUAGCCUUUUGCGAUAUGUCCAUGCCAGCAACGACACGAUUCGGAAAAAAGAUUUUGAAAAUUUGAUGACUGCUCUUGGUCUGGUGCAAACCGCCAAAGUAAUGGAGGACAGUAUGGACAGCCAUGAUGGACACGAUCACCGCAGACGUAAGAGGGCGGUACCGGACAACGAGUCCUAUCCAAACAAAUGUUACAACGCGGACGAAAUCCUGGCCAUCUACAACGCUAGAAACACGGACACCUUGACCAAGAAGAAUUUCUUAGAAUUAUGUCCGUCCCUGAUUUAUCAGCAAGUGUCCAAGGCCUGUGCCCCACUUCCGCAGCAAGGAUCAAAACCCAAGCUUACCUUAGAUUCAUCGGAAGCAUACGGAUACGGGACCCUGGCUGUCUUCAUAGUCUGCCUCUGCUCCAUUGUGGCCAUACUCUUUAUUCCGUUUGCCAACACAAUCUGUCUGAGGACUUUCGACUAUGUGUUGGGGGUGUUUCUUGGCCUGGCCGUCGGAACACUGAUCGCCGAUUCUAUUCUUCAUCUGUUCCCGGCAGCGUUUGGAUUACAUGUGCACUCAGAAGAUGAACAUAACCACGCCCAUGGCGAUGGGGUAACCAUGGAGCCCUAUGUAGGGUAUGGACUGGCAGCAAUGGCUGGUAUUUACGCCUUUUACUUCAUGGAGAUGUGCUUCAAUCUGUUCAGUAAGUCCAAUGACGCCGAGGAUGACCAUGGCCACUCACAUCUUCCAAGUCUGGACAAGAUGGAACUGCAUAGUGGUAUGAAAAAUGGAAAAACUACAUCACGUUCUGAGUUAUAUGAAGUACAAAGUAAUGCAGAUUCGGAGAGUCCAAAAAUUAGUACAGCAAGUUCCCGAUCCCUGAUCUUCAUGGUACUGCUGGGAGACGCCCUCCACAACUUCGCCGACGGUCUGGCGAUAGGUGCAGCGUUUACUGAGAGCGCGUCUGUGGGAAUCGCCACAACCAUCACUGUUUUCUGUCACGAACUCCCACACGAGUUAGGUGACUACGCCAUAUUGGUCUCCAGUGGACUGUCCAGAGGGAGGGCUCUACUGUUUAAUUUCUUAUCUUCCCUGACCGCCUUCAUUGGUCUAUACAUAGGGAUUUCUGUGUCAACAGACGACACUGUUAGACAGUGGAUUUUUGCCAUCACCGCUGGGCUCUUCCUGUAUAUUGCCUUGGCUGAUAUGAUGCCACAUCUGACAAAAGUGAAGGGACCACAUGGAAAAAGACUGCUAAUGAUUAUAUGUAACAACAUUGGAAUCUUUGUGGGUGUUCUCAUUUUAGUUCUGUUGUCUUUAUUUGAGUCAAAAAUCAAAGUAUGAACAAAUUUCACAGUGCGAUUCAAGUGCAAUUUUUAAUUUUCCAUAAAUCGUCAUUUUUAUGUGCAAUUAUUCGGUAAUUUUGAUAUGAAUUUUUUUUUUUAAAAUGACUUCUUUUGUAUCUUCAUUUUUUAUGCAGAAUGUCAUCAAAAUGUUUUUUUUUUCUUUUUUUCAAAACUUGUAUUUUAGAUGUGAUGUUAUUCAAUAUGCAAUGUUUGCAGAAUGUACAUAAUUCAUAAAAACGCUAUGUAUAGAGCCAUAACAAACAGCUUACGUCAUUGUGACAAUGGCUGAACUAAUUCAUGUUACCUGAUACAUAAAAAGAUGUUUUAUAUACUGUACAUAUCUUCAACUGUUCUGUGAUAUACCGGUUUUAAUGUUUUAUAUUUAUCAAUACAACGAUGAUGAUAUAUCUAU